UUUCAAUAUCGGGGCAAUGCACCAUCGAUUAGUAUGCACCAAAGAACUUGGCUUAACCCAAUUUAACAGCGCCGCGCUUGAGACGCCCCACUGAGUGGGAUUGAUAACACGAAGACCCUUCCGACCGAGACUUCAACCUGGCCAGCAGUCCGUCCCAAACUCCAGUCUUGAUUGACACCUAGCCCUCUGCUAGCUUAUCAUACGCUAUAAAAUCCACACCCUCAAGUCCCGUGGCACAGAGAAGUUGACUUUGGCGCAGAGAUGUUGGCGCUUUGCUGGCUUUGUGGCCUGGCCCUUGGUUGGAUGGUUGGCAUUCGUGGUGAGGUGGCUCUGAACCAGGAGGAUUACAACAAGACUUGGAUCUAUAUGCCCAAUGGCCAAGGUAAGCCGGAGGUGGCCUACCUGGUGGAACCUCCGCCCGAAAACCGCAUCAAUCUGCCGCAGCUCAUCAAGUUUGAACUAUAUGGAAGCGACUCCAGUUCCAGCGCCGACUUCUGGAUAGAUGACAACAACUUUGAGUUUCCGCAGCGUCACAAGCGGGACACCUGGCAGGAGAUGGCGGAGAAGUUCAACCCGGAACUGGACACCAAGAUCCUCGUGCACGGCUGGAAGUCCAGCACCAUGAGCAAUUCCAUUCAAUCGAUUCGUGGUGCCUAUAUCGAACGCGGCCAGGUGAACGUGUUCGCCAUCAACUGGAAGGAUCAGGCGGACAAUAUAUACUACCUGACCCCGGCCAGAUACACGGUGCAGGUGGGCAGGGCAGUGGCCAAGCUAAUUGAUCUGCUGGUGGAGGAGAAGGAUGCGGAUCCGAAUAGGAUUCAUUUGAUUGGCCACAGUCUGGGUGCGCACAUCAUGGGCUAUGCUGGUUCGUACACAAAGUACAGGGUGAAUCGCAUCACGGGCUUGGAUCCAGCUCGUCCCGCUUUCGAGGAUUGCAUCGGUCCCGAGAAUCACUUGGACGACACGGACGCCAACUUUGUGGAUGUGAUUCACAGUUGUGCCGGAUACCUGGGCUUCCGUAAGCCCAUUGGCAUGGUGGAUUUCUAUCCAAAUGGCGGUGGACCACCGCAGCCAGGCUGCAAGGAGCUUUCACAGAUUUUCACUGGUUGCAGUCAUGGACGUUCUUAUGAAUAUUACGCCGAGUCUAUUAACUCUCCCAAAGGAUUUUAUGGUGUUCCCUGCUCCGGACUGGACGAGCUCAAGGGAAAGAACUGUACUGGCGGAAAGAUCCUAAUGGGUGAUCCGGUUCCGCGCGAAGCUCGUGGAGUAUUCUUUGUGAAGACGGCCAACAAACCAAGCUACGCCUUGGGGAUCGAUGAUGUAUGGAGUAAUUGA